AUGGAUGUCACCCAGGAAAACUUCUCAAGCAGUGACCCUUACUAUGUCCCGGCCUGGAUUCACAAACUAAAUGGCAUUGAGGAUGGCGGCUCGCCUGGUCCUUGUUUACGAGCAACUAACUGUUCAACGUAUCUAGAAGCAGGCUCACCCAACAUCACGUUUCAAACCCAUGGAAAGAGCAUCGUGUUCACGACCCGAAACGGCACGCAAAAGCCUGAUCUCGUCGCUGCUUGGGCUAGGAGCGCUUGCACGGGCACCACCCAGAGCGUUACCUUCAAUGUGACGGGGACACUGCAUGUUUGGGACACGGGAAAAAUAGAUGGUCGAAAUUCCUGUGCCAUUCUUUCGCCUAUUACGCCAACUGCAAGCCCUUGCGGUGCGGCCAUAAACUCAGCGGCCGCGUCAAACAUUUCCGCGUCUAUCACAUCUGCUGGCUGCGCUGUAACAUGUCCACCUACCAAUCAGAGUUCAACUAGGAAGGAUAUUUUGUUUUCAGGCUGGUGGUUGAUAUGUUUACUCUUGGCUGCACUUGAGUCUCUCUAA